AUGCCAUCCCAACUUGAGAUCACUUCCAGCAGACUGCAUCGAUCCAAAUCAGCUGCGUCUGUGAAAGAGCGACGCAAGCAUCCCAUCACAUCCGAGCCACAAAACCCUGAGGCAUCCCGCGUUCAUGCCCUCAUUGCCGCUCAUCGAGCCAUGGAUCGAUCCCAGUCUCAUUCCUCGACCGACCUCUACCGUGCUCACAGCAACGCAAGCGGUCGAAGUAAGGCCACUGUCCAACAUCACGUGCAGUUCUCCCCUGCUACACAGCUGCGGAAUCAGAGAUCGGUCCUUCAGGGCGGAGCCCCUCGCCUAAGUGCCGCAUUACAAGUGCCUAACGAGCCAAGAAAGAUACAUGCCUACGCUGAGAUCGAGCCAUCGGAGUUCGGGCCUGUGAGCGAGACCUUUGGUGCAGAGCCGUCGUCUUAUCGAAAAAUUCGACGCUCUAAAUCACUCCUAACGCCUCGACGUCGUUCGUUUACUCCCCGCAGCCCUCAUACGCCACUCAGUCAGGCUCCAACAUUGCGCCAUGCAGUCAGCAACGCGAACAUCAACAUUGACGGCGCAUCUGAGCCGACUCUGGGUCUUCGAAUCAGGAAGUCAUUCAAUCUCCUCCGUCCUGCAAGCCGAGUUCCCAUUGACAGAAGGGCCGAGACGAGCACAGGCUACCACGAUGAAGCAGUCUCCUUAGCUCGCAACCAGUUCCUCGAUGCUCCUGGGCCGCCACAGGCUGAGAGAAAGCCAUCAUUCAUCCUUCAGAAAAUCCGACGUCCAAAUAAGGCUUUUCGAAAGAGCGUACGUUCUCAAGCCUUCACGGACGCCGUGAACACCACCAGCUCAGACCCGGCGGUUGUUGGCAACAUGCUACCUGUGUCCGCCAAGCGUUCCUUCUCGGCGACGGUGAGGCACCGAUUUAUGAAAGCCUUUGGCAAGUCUGUUUCCAACAAGGCAACAUUGCCACCUCAGCAGCUUGAAGCAACCCGCCGUCAUUUCAGCACGGAACUUGAAGAGCCAGACCAUUCCACAAGUUUCGACGAUUAUCACGUUGACGAAGACGAUGAACGUCGCCAGAGUUUCUACGUCCCAUCUCAGCCUAGUGCCGAUAUGGAGGAAGAGCUUGAUCGUCUCUCGCCAACAUUCAACCCAUCGACGAGCCGGGAGAGUUUACACUCGGCAACCUCUCGCUCCCGUGUUACAAGCUGGACCAAUUCAUCGACCACCUCCAGUGCACUUCGUGCUGGUGGCCUCGAGCGCAACCGGCUGUCAAUCAUCAAGGAAGAUGGCGGACCACAUCAGCCCUCUUCGUCGGCAGGACGCCAUAUUGGUGGCAUCGGCGUUUUUCAAGACCCACUUCCGAAUGAGGAUGAAAAUGGACAGCCUAUGCCUCCCGUGGACAGUCAGCGAAUCUACUCGGCCUUGAUGAGACGUAUCGGCGGGGAGGAGGCCGAGAUCGAGCACACUCGGACCGCUCUUGAAGAAAUUCAUAACAAUCAAGAACUCAAUCACGACAACAAAGCUCUUGACGCCGGAAAAUCUACAAUCAGAGCUGUGUCGAUGACCACUCAAGCAUCUUCGAUGAGCGAUGGUGGAGAGGGAAACUGCAUUAAUCCCGUCACUGGCGCGAGUGUAGACCCUGCACAGCACCAGGCUAACGUUGAGCGCCGGAGAGAAGAAUUAGUCUCACAGGCAAAGCAGCAGAGCUUCUUUCCCUUUUCCGAGCAGCGUAAACGAGCGACGCCAAGUUCAUUUCGCAAACUUCUCAAUGAGAGAAAAUCCGAAGACUUACUACGAUCCAGUGGAGGUAGUCCGACGUCGAAUACCAUACUUGCCCACAAACACAAAAGUGAUGCGCUGCAACGAAGUCACAUCUGCCUAAGCAGUGAGAGUAUCUACUCUCGCACCACAAAUGGAGGUCCAAACGAAAGUUAUGUGCCAGCUAACGUCGGCUCUGACGAGCUGGACUGCCCUCUUCAAGAGGUUGACGACGACAUCGGAAUGGCUACGAUAAUUCCGAACAGAUAUCAACCACGACUUCAAGUAGAGAAUGAGGCCAAGCCAUCCACUGCCAAUAGCAGCGAGCGUGAAUGGAAAGGCUGGAUUCAGGGUCAGGUCGACACACUUACCCGGUUUGAUUCUAAGACUGCCAGCCACUACCGCGAACAUGCCCAGAUCGACCCAGAGGACGUCGGUGUUGGCGGUGGCGGCUUUGGACGACCAACUUCUCGGGCUAGUACUGUCAAAAACUUUCCUCUUCUUGAUCUGAAACAAGUUUCGAGCCACGUUACGCCGGUGCCGAAGCGGAAUUCAAGCUUGACAAAGAGCCACAGCGGACUUCUGAAACAAGCAAGUGCUAUCGAUCUCAAAGCAGACUCUGACAAGAACGAUGACACGCAGAAGUCGAGCGGAACACUUCGGAAGAUCAGUCCUGGCAAUAUUGCUCGAAUGCUGAAGGAACGCAAAAGUCAAAUUCUACGCAGCAAGCACGAGGACGUAAGGAAGGAGAAUAGACCGUCCCCAAGAAGCGAGUCUCCGCCCAUGAGUACGCCUGGACGACUUGGACUUCAAAUGCGCAGCGGCAAUGGCAGGCUUCGCAAACGAGCCAGUGAGUCGGUGUUCAGCUCCAAAGACGACGACUACCCCACAAUCAAGAAGUCUAGCACGCCCGGUCGUCUGAGAGCGCUAGAGAACGACGAGAGCCCUACAGACAGAGUCAAACAAUCACUCUCGGCCAGACUCAGCCGACCUUUCAACAUGGAUGUGCCGGAGCCAAACCGCCCGUUCGACAGCAUGUAUCUUGGCAAGACUGCCGCGGAUGAUAUGGCUUCUGGUAGGUUGAGUGUUGCGCCUCGCCCUUCCCAGCGCGGGCCUGGGGGAUAUGGUGGGCUUGGGGCGAACCCGUUUGACGGUGAAUUGGAUACCGCUCUUCCUGAUAUUGAGCUCAAACAGAAGUUGCCGAGUGGUGACAGCGGGAAGGGAGGUUUUGCUGGUUUGUGGAGUAGCAAGCGGAUGGUAAGCGACUUCCUCAAGAAGAGACGGAUGAACGGAUCAGACGAGGAGCGGAAUAGGGAGCUAAGUCCGGCAUUUGUUUGA